GCUUGCGUGAGUGGGUGAGCGAGCAUCUGUGCCCGCGAGAAUAUCCUCUCCAACUUGGCAACAUAUUGAGGACUUGUUGAACAGGGCGCGUCGCUUUUCGUUAUCUCAUAUUGCGGACGCUUACUCAUUUUUAGCGGUUUGUUGUCUUCUUCUGAAAGCAAAGAAAAGUGUGUUUUGAGGUAUCGUUAAUUUCUAAACACUUAUUUUUCGUUACUUUUGUGAAUUUCGAAUCGGAAAAAAACAUUUACGGGUUCAGAUAUGUCGGGGUUGUGGAAAUAUUUCAUCCUGGGCGCUCUUGUGCUGACGGUUGCGAUGGGCCAAGAUGCAGCUGCCAACGAGACGUCGUCUGCUGCAGAUUCGGAUACCCCAGCAGACGAUAGUUCUGUCGUCGCCGAGGCGCUGAGCCCUGAUACAAACAACACUGCUAGCGUCGACGGAAAUGGCGCGGGAGGACAGGAUCCCCCUGCUAGUACUGAGCUUAAGGAAGUGGAGUGUAAACUGGAUGAAGACCUCACAGGAGAGUGGAUGUCCACAGUGUGGGGUGAUGUGUCGUUCACAGAUCAGUCUCUCGUGGCAGAAAUUGAUCCAGUUGAAGGCAAAUCCAACGAAUUCGAGUGUCACAAGAAGUUUGAGAACGGAGACAUCAUUUUCAGGUCUACAGUUUUCGUACAGGACGAGGUAGAAUUUGUGUAUUACACGUGCGUGAACUUCCAGAAAAGGAACGAGAACAACUUCUUCGCUAGAGUCAAGACACCGCGUAACCCCAAGGUGAAUCAGUUGCCAAUGGAAAAGAGGCCAAUCACGAAAACCAACAAUACACACAUUCGUUACUGCAAAACAUCUCCCGUGGAAGGAUUCCUCCUCAAAAAGGGCAAAGUUCAAGACGGAGCUCUCGGAUGCCCAGACACCAUCAAAGGGAUCUUCAACGUGACCUACAAAGGCGUGACACAGCGAAAAUGUCCAGACGGAGCUCUCCUCACCACUUGCGAGGCUCCAAAGGCUCUGUCUGUGGUCCACUCGGACUGUGGCGACAAUUCGACUACAUAUCCCGAAUCUGACGACUUUAUCUGUAUCGGUGGCGGACUCUACGAAGUAACGCUGUUCCGCAACUCCACUGAGCUGAACCCAUUCACGCCGUUUUCUUGCAUGACUCUCUCUGUGGAUGAAAACGACAACGCUACAGUUGAGGUCACACAGAAGGGAGACGGUUGUGGAGAGAAGUGGGUAAAACCUGAAGGGAAUGUGCACGCGGAAGAGUUUACUUUGGUCAAGACGGAUGACUGCUUGCCGGACGAGGUCAUCCCCCCGGAAGUGGUAGACAUCUUUGAGCCCAACUCCACGAGGACAGACGACACGCCCUCUGAUUCCAACGAGACAUCUUCUGGCAACGAGACGUCAGGAGGCCAGGGAUCCGGUACCGAACCUGGCGGAGACCCUGACGAUGCUGGCAGCUUUCUGGUGUCCAACGGCUUUGUGGUGACGUUUCUGGUGGCCAGCCUGGCUAUCCUGCUGUCACAACACAACGACCUGGCCUAGUGACCCCUCAGAUGACCUAUGCUCGCCCAGUACCGCGAAGUGCCGUCACCUAGACGUGUUCUUAUCUCGUCUAUUGUUUAAACGUUAUUCGUUGUUAUACUAAUCAUUGUUGUUACAGCAUCAUGCUAUUAUCAUAGCUAU